UGAGGUCUUGGGGUUGGGGACAAACCCCAAGCAUCACCGCCCCGCUGGGAAAUCAGAAUCACAAUGACGGCCAGAUUUGCUAACCUGCCUCACCAGGGAGGCAGCUGGUUAAACUACAGCAGAACGCAAAGGCGAGGUUGGAAAUAUCUGCACUCGGGCAAUCCCGGGCAAAUUAGAAAAGCCCCUCCCACCCACCACCCAUUCAUAUGACUGGAGGAGGAAAGGCGCAUGGCGCCGGGCUGCGCGGCCCUACCUCGGGUCCAGCUCCUCCCGGGCGAAGAGCUCCUGCACUUACCCUGUCCUAGGAUGCGGAUGUGUAAAGCCACGGGCUAAGGGAAUCGCGGCCUCCCUUCCCCUGGACUUUGAAAUGCUUUACCUGAUCGGCUUGGGCCUGGGCGAUGCCAAGGACAUCACAGUCAAGGGCCUGGAAGUUGUAAGACGCUGCAGUCGAGUGUAUCUUGAAGCCUAUACCUCAAUCCUGACUGUAGGGAAGGAAGUUCUGGAAGAGUUUUAUGGAAGAAAAUUGAUUCUUGCUGAUAGAGAAGAAGUGGAACAAGAAGCCGAUAAUAUUUUAAAAGAUGCUGAUACCAGUGAUGUUGCAUUCCUUGUGGUUGGUGAUCCAUUUGGGGCUACCACACACAGCGAUCUUAUUCUGAGAGCAACAAAACGGGGAAUCUCUUACCAAGUUAUUCACAAUGCUUCCAUAAUGAGUGCUGUAGGUUGCUGUGGUUUACAGUUGUAUAAGUUUGGAGAGACAGUUUCUAUUGUUUUUUGGACAGACACUUGGAAACCAGAAAGCUUCUUUGACAAAGUGAAGAAGAACAGACAAAAUGGCAUGCACACAUUAUGCUUACUAGACAUCAAAGUAAAGGAGCAAUCUUUGGAAAAUCUAAUCAAAGGAAGGAAGAUCUAUGAGCCUCCUCGGUAUAUGAGUGUAAACCAAGCAGCCCAGCAACUUCUGGAGAUUGUUCAGAAUCUGCGAAUACGAGGAGAAGAACCAGCGGUCACCGAGAAGACACUCUGUGUUGGCUUAGCCAGGGUUGGAGCUGAAGACCAGAAAGUUGCAGCAGGCACUUUGCAGCAGAUGUGUACUGUGGACUUGGGAGGACCAUUACACUCCUUAAUUAUCACAGGAGACAACAUGCAUCCACUGGAGACGGAGAUGCUAAGUCUGUUUUCCAUACCAGAAAAUAGCUCAGAAUCCUGCUGAUGGACUUCGUGAACAUAGACAUUUUCUAUUGUUAGAUAUUAAUUUCAGUCAUACAUGCACAUACACAAAUUAGUAUAAUGAACAUUUCUUUUGGUUUACCUAAUAAUUAUAAAGAAAGUGACCAAGAAGAAAGAUGUUGAUUCAACAAUACUUCAUUUCCUGUGGCAAUGAGUUUCUUUUCCCCUAUGACAUUAUCAGUUGUUGCUAUUUUGGUAAUUUGAGAUGAUGUACACACAUGGAGCAGACCAAGCCUGAAAACUUGCAGAGACGUUCAUAAGCAGAGUUGUUUAAAAGCAGUUUUUACUUAUGAAAUGAGGUUAUACAACAUGGAACUUUCUUCUUUCUUAAAAAGCCAGCUGUCCUGACCACAAGAUGAGUUGUCCUGAUAGCAGUUGGUAUUAGUGUAUAUAAGCAGAGGUGGGAAGAGUAAGUCCCACCCAACAGUCCUACUUCCUUAAAGCUCAGCUGAGCACAUGCCACAAAAUGACAUCCUUCUGAAUUGCCUUGUCUUGUUUGGCUGACAUCCUAAUUAUGUGGUUCAUAUUCUGCUGUAUUUUGGAGGUUAUAUAAUUGUUGAAUUAUAAAUGUUCAGCCAGCCAUGUACAGUUGCUGUUUGGUUUUAAAUAGCAUCUUUCACAUCCAAGUUGACAAAUGGACAACUUACUAACUACAGAAUACAAUUUUAAAAAUUUAAGUUUGGAGACAGUGGGUUAGUCAAGAUUUGUCACAUCACUUAACUCAGUUGAUAUGCCACUGUAUGUGUGCGAGUAGUCACGUUCUUUCUCCCAGUUGUAAAUAGCACUCCAUUUAUUUUAUUUCAUGACUGUAGAGUCUUAUACUUUUUGUUAGUUCGUAACAGAAAUAGCCUUGCUAUAUGCUAGUUUAGUCGGUCUAAUUUUAAAUAUUUCUGUGGUUUAAGCAACCGUAGCUUAAAUUUCAUUAAAUUCAUUAGAAGUUGAACAUAGACUUUACCACUUCCUAGGAGCAUUAAUUAAUAAGAAAUUAUUUUGACUUUUUUCUUUUCUUUCUUUGUUUCUUUCUUUUUUUUUUUUUAAAGUAGCCUCCAUGUCCAGCAUGAAGCCCAACACAGGGCUUGAACUAACGACCCUGAAAUCAAGAGCUGAGCUGAAAUUAAGAGUCGGAUGCUCAACCAGGUGCCCCUGACUUACUUCAUUUGAGAUAAAAGAUAUUUUAUAUAUGUGAAAUAUUCCAUUUUUAGUCUGUUACACAAAAGAGGAGAGAACCAAGGACAUUUAAGUGCUAAGUCUAUGUUGUUUUCUUCUGAGGCAUUAAACCAAGUAUUGAAUAAUUAUAAAAGGAAAGACUUCUACCUUUGGUAAUGGUAGAAUAGCUUGCAGUGUACAAGCCUUCCCAAUUAAUCAACACUGGACAAAAUAUAACUGUCUAAAGACACUGGGGAAUGACCAAAAGCAGGCCAAGAAUUAUGCUUAUAUAUAGCUUUUUCCCUCAGGACAUUCCCCCGUCUGUCCAGUAAGAGAUGGCUAGAACUCAAGAGAAGGUUGCAGUCUUACUGACUUGAGGUGUCAGAGAAAUUGGGAGCUGCUAGAUUACCUGUAUAUUGAGGAGGAAAUUCUAGAAAUGAAGGUGACACUGGAGGAGGAGCAAGCCUUCCAGUAUGCACAUAAAUCUCUCAGCUCUUUGGCUAACUCCUGAAUUGUAUAGGGAAGUCUCCAUGAACCUGGUGGAAAGCCAGAGCUGGAAGGUGAAAAAUCUGAGCAGAGCUUGUUGCUCUGUAUUACAAGAGAAAACAGAAUUUUGAGUUUGAUUCCUGACAAGUUAGAAGGCUUGGUAAGCAUCUUAGGCUUUCUGUCAAAUCCCUAGAAUGGCCAUGUAUUAGAAAAGACUAUGCCCAGGACUAAGGAUUUGCGCUGAAACUAGAGACAAAACCUUUAACGUAAUGUAAAAUCAAUCCUCCAUAAAACCAAGGUGAGUAGUCAAUAAUGUAACUGCCUUCUGGAACAAAUAUUAACACUUCCAGGGCAUGAUAACAAAAUGAGUCUCUUUAGCAUAUCAAUAGUGACUAGAAUAUAAUACCAUGACACAUUCAAAGAAACAGGAAAAUGUGAUUUAUUGCCAAAAGGGGGAGGGGACAGUAGAAAGAGAUCCUAACAUAAUCCAGAUCUUGAAAUUAGCAGAUGGGGAUUUUAAAGCAGCUAGUAGAACUAUGCUCAAAGAUGAAAAGGGAAAAUGGUUGUUAUGAAUGUACAUAGAUGGAUGCUCUCAGAGAAAUGGAAACAAAAACCCAAGUGGUCGGACUUAACAGCAGAGUGCAGGUGGCAGAUGGAUAGAAAUUAUCCUCUCUGAGGAAUAAAGAAUCAAAAAAAAGAUCGGAGGGAAGGAAAAAAGCACAGAACCUCAAAGCCACGUGGGGUGAUAUUCAGCAGUUCAAUGCAUAUGUAAUUGGAUUUCCAGAAGGAGAAGAGAGAGAAAAUAGGGCAGAGAAAAAAGAUGGGUAAGUAAAGGUCAAAGUUUUCCCAAGUUUGGUGAAACUAUGAAUACAUAGAUCCAGUAAGCUCAGUGAACUCUAAGCAGAAUAAAUACAGAGAAAACACCUAACACAUUAUAGUUAAAACUGAUGAGAACCAAAGAUACGAGAAAAUCUUAAAAGCCACCAUGAGUGGUAGCAGGGAACCCACUACAUACAGGGGAGCAAUAAAUGUUGGCUGCUCCACCUCAGAAACAGCUGAAAGAGAUCUAUAAAGUACUGAAAUUAAAAAGCAAAACCAAACCAAAACCUGUCAGUCCAGAGUUCGAUAUCCAGUAAAAAAGGUCCUUCAACAAUGAAAGCAAAAUAAAGCAAUCUUCGUAAAAAUAGAAUUUGUCACUAGCAGACCUCUUAAUAAGGAAAGCUGAGGGAGGGUUCUUAGGCUGAAGGUAAAUGACAUCAGAUAGAAGGAAAUAAGUAUGUAAGUAUAAACUCAAUUUUUUCUUAAUGUUUUUAAAAGAUAACUGACCAUUCAGCAUGGUAUGCUGGUGGAUAGUUAGAUUUCAACAAUAAUACAGGUUACAAUAAAGGGUAUUACGCAGUGGCAGUACUUACAUUUUAUUUAAAGUGGUUUAAUACUUAGACUGAUAAGGUUAUGUAUGUUAUGUAUUGAAAUCCCUUGGUAACUGCUAUAAAAAAGUAAGGCAGAAGUUAAAAAAAAAUUAGGGGAAUUAAAAUUGAAUACUGAAAGAGAUGAUUUAUCACAAAAAAAAAAGGCAGGAAAGGCGGAAAUAUAGGUAAAAAAUAUAUAGGACAAAUAGCAAAAUGGUAGACCUAAAUUCAACCAAACUAGUAAUUACUUAAAUGUAAAUCAAACACUCCAAUUAAAAUAACUAGAUUUUUUUAAAGGUCCAACUAUAUGUUGUCUGCAAGAGUUAAACUUUAAAGACAAGAUGAGAGUGAAAGAAUGGGGGAAAAAUAACAAACUGUAAGCACAAGAAAAUAAGUGGCUAUGUUAAUAUAAGACAAAAUAGACCAAAAGGAGUAUACUGGAGAUAGACUUUUCAUAAAAAAGGGAUAGUUCAUCAAGAUGGAACCCUAAAUGUGUCUUCCUUGAAUACCAGCUUCAAAAUACACCAGGCAAAAACUGACAAAAGAGGUACAAGGCAAGUCUACAAUCAGUCGAGGAUUUUAAUGAACCUCUUAGCAGCUGAUAGACAAAUAUUAACAAAUAUAUUGAUGAUUUGAACAAAAACCAUUUGGACCAAAUUGAUAUGCUAGAUCAGUACAUGCAAUAGUGGUAGAAUAGACAUUAUCUUCAAGCAUGUAUGAAACAUCCAGCGAAGCAGACCAUAUGCUUGGCUAUUAGCUACAAUGGAGUUAAGUUUAAAAUCACUAAGAAAAGGUGUCUAGAAAAGUCCCAAAUAUUUGGAAAUAAAACAAUACUUUUGUUUUUCACUGAGUAAAAAUAAAAACAUAAAAUGUGAAAAUUUGUGGGAUGCAGAUAAAGCAGUGCUUAGAAAUUUAUAGCUUUAGAAACCUAUAUUAGAAAUGAAAGAAGUUUUAAAAUCGAUGUUUCCAUCUUAGCUAGAAAAAAGUGAAGCAUAUAAAAAUGCUAGAAGGAAGGAAAUACUGAACUUCACAGCAGAAAUCAGUGAAAUAGAAAAUGGACAAACAGUAAAAUUAAAGCCAGUGGAAUGUCAAAAAUUUCAUAGGCUAAUAGCAGUAAAAGUUGCAAGGAUAUGGAGUGACUGAAAUUUGCCUGCUGUUGGUAGGAAUAUAAAUUGGCACAACUACUUUGGAAAGUAGUUUUAGUUUCUUAUAAAUUAAAUCCUGUGAACUAGCAAGAUCAGUUCUAGGUAUUUACCCAAAAGAAAUGAAAACAUUGAUGAAAGAAAUUGUACAAGAAUGUUUAUAACUGUAUAUAUAUAUAUUCAUUCAUAGCACCAAGCUAGAACCAAGCAAUAUGUCCCAUAGGAGAAUGGAUUUUAAAAUUUUGCCGUGUUUUUACAAUGGAAUAUUAUUUAGCAAUAAAACAGAACAAACCCUUGACUCCUACAACGUGAAUUUUUAAAAAAAAGUGUAAGAAGCCAGACAUAAAAGAGGACUGUGCAAUUCAACUUACAUGAAGUUUAGCAAUAGGCAGAAAUAAUCAAAACAGGGUUUGCCUGUGGAGAGAGUGAAGAUUGGCAAGGGACAAUGAGAACCUGAAAGUAAUGGAAAUGCUCUGUAUCUUGAUUGGGUGUUUUAUGGAUAUAAACAUUUACCAAAAUUCAUUCAAAUAUAUAGAUUUAGGAUCUGUGCAUUUUUCUGUAUAAGGAAUGCCAGAUAAAAUAGGGUACCCAGUUAAAUUGAAUUACAGUCAAUCUGAAUUACAGAUUACAAAUUGAAUAUAUAUACAAUGAAUAUAUAUUCAUGAUAUAUAUUAUAUUCAUUGUAUAUAUAUUAUGGAUCUAUAUAUGUAUAUCCCAUUCCAUAUUUGGGACACAUUUAUACUAAAAGAAUGGUUAUUUAUUUGAACUGAAAUUUAACAGGGCUCUUUUAUUUGCUAAUUCUGGUGACACUAUUCUGUGUAUAAUUUAACCUCUAUUUAAAUGAAAUUGUAGGGGCGCCUCAGUGGCUCAGUUGGUUGAAUGUCUGAUUAUUUUCAGUUCAGGUCAUGGUCUCAGGGUCGUGAGAUUGAGCCCCGCUCCACGCUGAGCAUGGAGCCUGCUUAAGAUUCUCUCUCUUCCCCCUUCUACACCUUCCCCCACUCCCAUGCUCUCUAAAUAAAUAAAUAAAUAAAUGAAAUCGUAAAAUGAAAAGUGUACAUUAUUCAUAAACAGAAAAAGGAACAAUAUAAUUUUUGGUCUACGAUCAUGAAAUGCUAGUGUUUAGUAGUUAAAUUAGAAACACUUGAAUACUACAUCUAUUUGUUUAGUAGUUUCUAGCUCUUUAAUAGAAAAUUCUCGAACAGUGAAACCACCCCUAUAAUCUAGACAGUUUCAUCACCAAAAAAACUUCCCACUGUGCCUUUAUAUUCACGCCUCUACCCACCCACUUUUUAGCAAUUAUAUAUAGAGUUAAAAGAUUCACAUUCAGGUUUUUAUGUGACUUGAGUUUUUAUUUUUGUAGAGUAGAUAUUCAGGAGUGGGAUUCCUGGGUCAUGUGGUAAAUGCAUAUUUGUAAGAAACCGCUGAAGUGAUUUGCAGAGUGACACUAUCAUUUUGCAUUCCCAUCAGUAUUGUAAAAGAAUUCCCAUUGCUCUGUAUCUUUGCCAGCAUUUCAUAUUGGCAGUAUUUUUUAUUUUAGCAAUUCUGAUAAGUGUGUUGUGGUAUAUGUCAUCAUGGUUUUAAUUUGCGCUUUCCUAGUGACUAAUGAUGAUAACAUCUUUCACAUGCUUACUUACAUUUUUAUAUCCUAUUUAAUGAAGCACCAUUCAUGUCUUUUAAUUUGGAUUGUUUGUUUUCUUAUGCUUAAGUUUUGAGCAUUCUUUGCAUAAAAUGGUUACAAAUACUUUGUCAGAUAGGUAUGUGAUUUGCAAAUAUUUUCUCCCAACCCAUAGCUUGUCCUUUUUAUUCCUUUAACCAUGUCUUUGGUAAAGCAAAAGUUUUUCAUUUUCAUGAAAUACAGAUUAUGAGUUUU